AUGGACGCAAUAGCAGCAGCUGAAGAACGAAUCGUCAACGAUCGAAUGCGGCAGAAACUGAAUGAAGUCAAUUCUGCUGCUAAGUCUCAACUCGCUUCUGUUCAAGAUCAUGUCAAUUUUACGCUCCAGAGAGCUUAUUUUAAGUGUGCAUACGAGUGCUUUGAAAGGACGAGAACCAAUGACGAGAUAAGCAACUGUGUGGAGCAUUGUAGUGUUCCUGUUCUUCAAGCGCAGAACCUUAUUGAAGGGGAAAUGGCCAAGUUUCAGGAACGGCUGAACAGAUCAUUAAUGGUCUGCCAGGAUAAAUUUGAGCAAGCAAGGCUCCAAGGGGACACAAGUGGUGCCUUAAAGAAUUUAGAGUCAUGUGUUGAUCACUCAGUCCAGGACAGCGUUAAUUCAUUGCCAUCUCUAGUUGGUAGACUGAAGAAUGCUCUUUCCAUGACCGAGUAG